GCCCCCAUGAGAGGAACUUCGACUUUUAUGUUCCCUCUGCACAUCUUCGAUACUCGGGGACCCAUUUUACUUUAGCCCUCACCACUUUUAUUUUUGUGUUUUCUCUGCCCUGCACUUUUUUUAAAACCCGGUUUGAGUAAAUUAGGACUCGUACGGUUUCACCCCCACCCCUACUUGGCUACAUUCAAGUGACAAGGUAAGGCCAAACAGGUUAGCUGGGUGCUUGAGGUAACAGGUUAAACCUACUCAGUCAAUACACUUCUACUUUCUCUUUCGAGUUUUUUUUUCUUUUUAAACACGGAUGUAAUUUUAAAGAGUAACUUUAUAAAGCUGGAACUCACAGCUGGUUAUUUUCAUUGAAAGCUCAGGUGUGUCGGAACCUCCUGGGACGCACCUGUGUAGCAGGUUGCUGUGUUGCGUUCAGGUCCUUUGACAAUUAUCCUUGGAGGAAACUAAGCUUGAUAACGCUUCAUGUUUCAGUGGUGGGUUUGAUUCCCUCACCACUUUAUCUUCUAUAUAUGAUCUGUGAUUUCUUUUUCGGUGGGAUGCUGUUUUCCAUGAUCGUAUUUUAAUAUAUGAGUUGAAACGUUUUUGAUGCAAAUUUUCUUGAAUUUGUUGUGAAAACAAAAAAACAAAACAAAAAAACUCCAUGGCUAAUGCGUUAAAUGUUCUUUCAGCCAUGGCACAGGCAUUGAAAUGGUUAAGUUGUUUGUCAAAGCACCAGAUACUAUCAGCAGAGAAGAGAGAAAGAGAGAGAGAGAGAAAAAACAGCUUUGAAUCUGGAGUUGAGAAUUGACAGACUAUUUUUUUAAAUUUUCAAAAUGUGAGGUCCUACCUAACAUGUGAACUGACAAGGCCAGCUCCAUAGAGAUUAAUUUGUCCUCAAGGGAUCCUUUGUAGUGGGUUUUUGAUGAUCAAACAGCCUCUGUGUGCGUUUCACGAGGUGUGCCUUUACCUGAAGCCUAAACUUGUUAGAAAGGAUAAAGGCGUUAAUCACACCUAGAUUAACUACGGCUGUCAUUCUUGAGAGGCUGUUUACUUUUGCAUUAGAGGUGUCAAUUUUGGAUUCAUAAUGUCAGUCAUUACUUAAGUAAUGACUGCGGUGUAGUUAGACUUGGCAAAAAAAGAAAUUAAAAAACUAUUUUUAGGAAAUUUACCUUCCCUUGCCCUCACGUUAGUUCCUCCUCAUGGCAUUAUGUGAAUGAGAUAUUGUUGAUUGUAACUAGAUACUGCCUGCCUUUUUUUUCCUCUGGUGUUUUAUUUGUUGAUUUAGUGCCAAAACUAUUAACUGUAGGAAAGAAGGAGCCAGUCCAACCUGUUUUUGUGUCUUGAUGGUUGUGGUGUGUGUGAUAGAGGUAGUAUGGUUAUCUAAAAGCCAGAGGGAAUAGUUUUUAAAGUCCCCUCAGGAUGCAAAGAGAAAACAUCAAAUGUGAGGAAAUAAAACUGGCAGGUUGUGUGCUCUGAAGUCGCAGCUAAACCGGCAUGUGGCUAACAGGUCAUGUGGGAGGUUUUGCUCCUCAUGCCAGAGGCUAAGUAGACCAUGUUGUGAGGGCAUUUCUGUCAUCCUUACGUUUAAGGAGGAAUCUCAGUGAGUGACAUGUGAAGAAGUCUUCAUUUAUACCCUUUAUACAACUUUUUAAAGAUACUGUUAAAACAAAAGGAGUGUGCAGAAACUAUGUUGCCAUAAUAAACAGCCUCUCAUCUGCCUUGGCAUGGGAAGAGUCACAUGUUUUUUUUUCCACUUUCUUUGUGUUUUCUCCAAAAUACAAGAUCUAAUGACACCGACCUUUAUCUUUACUUAUCUAUGAGGUGAAGAGGUUAACUGACUUACCUCAUCUACAACUAAUGUCUUCUUUGAGCUCAUGGGCCUUUGAGAUUAUUGAGCGCUUUGUAGCCUAUGUUUAAAUGCAGCCACCAAAGCAUAUAUAUUGAAAGAGAGAGUUAUUUUGCAGUUAUUUUGUCACUAUUUUACUGUUCAUGGGUCUAUCUUAAAUCGCAGGCCCCAGUAAGGUAUACAUCAUGGUGUAGAGGUUGAAGAGAACAAUGUGUCUAGACCAACUAGGCCCUGUGUAUUGUGUAGUAUUACCUCUACCAUUUCAAUGCUUGAAGCCUAUAGCUAACCUGUCGUCUGGUGGAUUUGCCCUUCAAGAGACCCCAUUUGGCUUCCUCCUUGGCAAACAAACCUAAGAUAAGUUAGUCACACUCCAUUUGAAAGAUAGGAGGCAGAAUAAACAGCUUGGUCUGACUUGUAUUUGAUUUAAUAUCAGCUCUUUAAAAGUCAGAUUUACUCUCAGUGUGAUGGGUUGAGAUAAUAAAGCCUCACUGAGCACGCAGCAGGGCUGCUCCUCCUGCUGUGCUUAAUGUAGAUCAGGCUAGUGUAGAUUAUGGUAUUACAGAGGAAUAAUUACUGUUGUAAGCAGCUUGUAUCACUGCUAAUGGAUGAAAAUCCUUCCUGUGGAAGCUGUAAUUGGCAAGAUUUUCUGUUAUACACAAAAUGAAGCAAUAUGAAGUCAGUGAAUUUCAGAUGAGAUAUGUGUUAAGUGGUAGUUAAUGACACAAAACUACCAAUCCACUUGGUUUUGCAUAGUUUACUCAUUUGUGAUAAAGUCUUUAAAAGUUUCUUUUGAGUGCUUUACUUCUGAAAAGUUGGUUUAGUUUUGGAAUUGAGCUAAUUGACUUGAAGCAACCCAGUUUAGUGAGAAUUCAAAUGUGAAACAGCAAUAACACUUUUUCUGCUCAACAAUAUGAGCCAAACAAGUUGAUUUUCAAUGCACUGUACUUAACAUUUGACAGGUACGAGCGUUCAAAUUGAGCAUUUCUUUACAGUAUGGCUGACUAAAUGACAGCAGAAUCUGUGUUUUAGAUAUGAAGAGAUCGGCUAUCUUUUGUCAGUAUUAAAGGAGAAACAAGGAGAAACAACAGAGGAACCACAUUUUGAGAAAUUCUGUAACAAUGAUGCCAUUUUUGUAAGAUCAGUAUAUUAAUAAUUUCACUUAGUUGAUAUCACCCCAGGCUCUCAUUGUCCUCAGUAACUUCCUGUUUAGCUCUGCCUCUGCCUCUUUCAGGUCCACGUUGUCUUCAUCCAGUUCAGCCGGUCAUUAUGUGUCCUUCAAGUUUCUCAAUCUAGAUAAUUUCCUCAGCCCUCAAUGUGUGCUGCGUAACCAGACCCUAUUGUCAGUAACUUAAGUCACGAAGCAUCAGUCCCCAGUAGACAGCGACCGGUUUCUAUGGUUACUGUCAACAGUCUGGCUGUAGAAGUGUUUGAAACACUAUCCUGAGGACAAUGCUAAACAAAAUGGCCGCCACCUUCAGUCCACUUCCUACCAGGCCCCAGCUGUUGGCUAUAGGAACUUCAUAUUGGAGAUUGACAGGUGGUUGAUACUCUACUUGACAGCGUUAAGAUGCUGUCAGGGAUAGUUAGCAGAAUGACGUCAUUCAAGACAUUUGAUAUAGACUUGUCAAGGCAGUCCUCUUUAAUCUACAGUAUUUCAGAAAUCUACACACACACACACACAAGGGCAUUCCAAGCCCAAACAGGGAGCAAGGUUCAUGGAAAGUCAUUACUAUAUUUUCAUCUAGAGGUCAGCUCUUUUAUGAAGGUGUAACACCCUCUGGAAUGGGUUACUCAUUGCAAAUUUGAAAGCGGACUGAUUUAUGGACCUCCAUAAAAAGGUCUGUGGUGUAGACGCACCGGAGAGAGAAGCUGACCGAUUGUAGGCAUAUAGGGCACAGGCUGAGAUGGUGCUAUGAUAAUGGGUCUUUGUAUUUGGGUUUGUGAAUAGAGAGGCCGGAGGUUUAGAAUGACGUUGGUGCUACCCACACCAUGUCAGUGACGGCUGUGCACAGUGAGAGUGGUAGGAUGAAGGGGUGGAAUCAAAAUAUGGAGAAAGAAAGGCAAAGGGAAAUCCAGGCAGGAUAGAAAAAUCGAACCCUACGCUUCUUGGUCUGUUUAACAGAACCAAAGAGUAAAUGAGGUCGAGCUUACUGACAUAAAGUGUUUCCCUCUUUCAUUUUGAGCGACUGAGGAAAGAUGGGCCAGUGUGAAGUUCAAAAAGUGGAUGAGUUACAAGAUUAAACCUGAUAAAUUAUGACUUUGGGCUUGGAUGUCACACAUUAACAUCAUUCUUCUAUCUCUCACUCCAGCCAUGCUACUACCCUCGUCACUACUCCUCCUCCUCGGCCUCCUCACCUGGAGUCCCAGUGCAGCAUGGGCAGGGAAAGUCAUCGUAGUACCGCCCAUUAUGUUUGAAUCCCACCUUUAUAUCUUCAAAACUCUGGCCACAGCGCUAAACCAGGAGGGCCAUGAGACCCAUUUCCUAAUAUCAGAGGGACGUGAAGUGCCCCCCUCCCCUCACUACCACUUACAACGCUACCCGGGAAUCUUCAACAGCACCACAGCUGAUAAUUUCCUCCAGUCCAAAGUGUCCAACAUCUUCUCAGGCCGCCUUACUUUUCUAGAACUGUUUGACAUCCUUGACCACUACUCUCAGAACUGUGAUGCCGUGGUCGGUAAUGCUGAAGUAAUGACCCGCCUGAAGGAGGCAAAGUUUGACCUGCUGCUAGUGGACCCUAAUGAGAUGUGUGGUUUUGUGAUUGCACAUAUCCUGGGUGUGAAGUAUGCUGUGUUCAGCACAGGCCUGUGGUACCCUGCUGAGGCUGGUGCCCCAGCCCCACUUUCAUAUGUACCAGAAUUCAACUCUUUGCUGACAGACAGAAUGUCUCUGCUCCAGAGGAUCACAAACACAGCUGUUUACUUGGUGCAGCGCUUUGGAGUCCAUUAUAUUGCUUUACCCAAGUAUGACCGGAUUAUGAAGAAGCAUGGAGUGAAGCCCCAGGUAGCCAUGGCUGACCUGGUGCAGGGCAGUCGGCUGUGGAUGCUGUGCACUGACAUGGCUCUGGAGUUUCCUCGCCCCACCUUGCCCCAUGUCGUGUACAUAGGAGGGAUUCUUACCAAGCCCCCUAACCCACUGCCACAGGUCAGUACAAGCACACACACUCACACUGAGUGAGCUAACAAGCAUGUGAUGAAAAGAUGUGAACAAGCCUGAGUUUCUAAACCUUUUGUAUUAUUGUGUCCUAACUGAGGUGUUGAGAGAGUGAGUGUGGUCUGUAGAUACGAUCAAAGUGUAUUUAUUUUAUAUCACAUCUAUCAGUGUUAUCAGUAUGAGUGUCAGGUUAAAUGAAAUACUUGAUACAUAUGGAUACUUUAUGUACAGAUACAAACAACAACAUGUUCAGUAGAAUUCUAUCAUCAAUCAGUCCUGCUCAGUUAGGGGUUAGGAUUAGGAUAAGGGUUAAGGUUAGGGUUAGAGUUAGGGUUAAGGUUAGAGUGAGGGUUAGGGUUAAGGUUAGGGGUUAGGGUUACGGUUAAUGUUAGAGUUAGGGUUAGGGUUAAGGUUAGGGUUAGGAUUAAGAUUAUGGUUAUGGUUAGGGUUAAGGUUACGGUUACGGUUAGGGUUAGGGUUAGGGUUAUGGUUAGGGUUAAGGUUAGGGCUAGGGUUAAAUUUAGGGCUAGGGUCAGGGUUAAAGUAAGGGGUUGGGGUUAAGGUUAAGGUUAGGGUUAGAGUUAGAGUUAGAGUUAGGGUAAGGGUUAGGGUUAAAGUUAUCUUAUGGUUAGGGUUAGGGUUAAGGUUAAGGUUAGAGUUAGGGUUAGGAUAAGGGUUAGGGUUUGGGUUAAGGUUAGGGGUUAGGGUUAAGGUUAAGGUUAGGGGUUAGGGUUAAGGUUAAGGUUAGGGGUUAGGGUUAAGGUUAGGGUUAGGGUUAGGGUUAUGGUUAGGGUUAAGGUCAGGGGUUAGGGUUGUGGAUAAGGUUUGUUCAAUCCUACUCCAAGAAAACCAAACCAAAUAUGAAAAAUGGUCCAUUAUGACCCACAUUGCCGAAGAACAUUUCUUGAAUAGUAACUGCAGUGUAAACAGAUUAAUGUCCAACCACAAUAUGAAGAGCUCUGUUUUAGGUGGGGCUCUAUGUGGUUCUUGUCAGAAGUAAACGUUUCACCCUCAGAGGAACCUUUGUGAUCUGAGCCCCCUUGUUAAAAAAAAUGUAACCCAAACAUGAAUGUAAGUUUAGGUUUGGUAGAAAAAUUUCAGCGCUCUACUCUGCUUUAAGAAUACUGAUUUGUUCCGGUUAGGGUUAGGGUUAGGGUUAGGGUUCAGCACUCUACUCUGCUUUAAGAAUACUGAUUUGUUCCGGUGCUAUUCUCAGGUGUCUCAUUUGUUCCUCCACCUGUUGCGCACUGAUCUGCUUUUACCUUGUUCAAUUCUGCUUCAAGAAAACCAAACCAUCCCUUAAAGCAAACUAUAUUUCAUCACAUUUAAACGCAGUACUAUGGAGCCUCAGCUCUUUUGUGUGAGCAGUAAACACUCAGCAAACAGGGCAAGUUCUUCUAGAUGUAAAUAUAUUUGUUUUCAUGUGUCCAUGCAGAGCCCCUCAGGGCUCUAUUCUGAGUGCUGGAACAUCAGAUAAGAACUCUUUCCUUGGUGAUCAGAGCACUGAGGUACAAUGGUUGAUUCAUGGUGACCGAGUUUGACUAUGACAUAAUGCAAAAUGUGUGGCUCAAUGGAGAGCUAUGUUAAUUAUGUGUCACAAUGAUGCAGGAGAUACUUAUCCAUUUGUAUUAAAAAUAACAGUUGAAAGACAUUUUUUAAAAUCUGUCCCAUCAUCUGUGUUUUGCACGCGAUAACAGUGUCUCUGAAGGCUUUUAAAUAACAAGAACCAAAGAAAACUCUGCACCUUCCUUAAUUUUUCAGCCUCACUGACAAAAUUCAGUUAAAAAUUACAAAGCCAAAUCUUUUUGGCAAUGCAGUCGUGACUUUGAUCCAGAGAAAAUUGUGGAUGGAUGGGCUUAAGUCGUACCUUUUCACACUCACUCACAAAUUCUUCUAUUGGGAAGCUUAUGGGUAAUUUAUUAUUAAGAAUAGCCUCACACUUAUCCUCAUAUCCUGUCCUAACAGAUAAGUAUGUGUCCACCCUUGCUGGUGCCCAUUGUCCCUUUCAUCUCUUGUAUCUGUCCUCAUUGUCUAUAAAGCACUCCUUUAUAGAUGAUGCUGGGGUGAGGAUGGGUUUGUCUUGAAAAGACACUGUAGAUUUUUAAGCAGGGAGGGGAGGGGAGUCAUGAAGAGCAGAGGCGGGCGGUGACGGGGGGCUCGGUCCAGCUAACGCUCAGACGCCAAGAGCGAGGAGCGUUGGUAUCCACUGCGGGGGGUUUUGGAAUGCCACCCUGGCCAAUAGGGAGCAUUGUGCUGCGCUGUGUGGACGGAGUUAUAAUGGAAGUGGAGGGAGAACGAAACCAUUGUUCCAGGCAGUACUCUGGGGACACUGAGACUCUUAUGGGGUCACUGAGGCUGCAAUGUGGGGACAGUAGAGCCCAGUGUGCCCCUGAGGUUGCUCCGUGCCAGGGCCAACCACAGCUGGACUGUUAGCCACCCUCCCUCUACUCAUCCCCCGCUUCUUUCCUUUCCACCAUGGCUGCUCCCUCAUCUUCUCUCACCCCGGCUCACUCCAAAGUUUUCAUCCACGGCUGUUCUCGUGUCGUGGCUCUUUUUACUGCUCAAAUAUUUGAAAGGCUAUCCUCCAAUUCAAUGUUCAAAGUGGACUUAAGUGUAAGCAAGUCAUAAAUAUUUCAUGUGAUAGCUGGCUUCUAAUGAGGUGUGCGUUGUAAAUUAUACUAAUCAGCAGUGCUGUUAGUUCAGGACACAUAUGUCCCUACACAUAACACAGCCUACUUAGCCCACAGUGUAUUAUAUUAUUUAUAUACACAGCAGGAUCUAUUGAAUCAAUCCAGGUAAACAUUUGUUUAUCCGUCGAGGUUUUUCCAUACCCAGCUGUCAUUUUUUACAACACUAACUCGCUCGAAUUGUCCGUGCUUAUCGUGGACAGUCAUAGACAGGAUGUAAUGUCCGGUGAUACUUUAGGGACAUCAUCAUGACACAAAGCUGGGCAUCAAACUCAACUCAUCCUCAUCAAAUCCUUACUUGCAGUUCUUCGUCAUACAUUUAUUCAGCAGCUUCAUGUAUUAUACAUUCUGUGUCUUGCUUGAUUACUCCUGUGUCAGACAGUUUUCUGGAGGAAAAAAAAAAACUAGAUUUGAAUAUUUUUGAUUAUUUUGACAAUCAGGUGCUGAAAUAGAAUAACCAUCAAAGCACUCCUCAAAUGCUGUUUCUUAUUUCAGCUUAUCUGAGCAGAGAAACUUUGUACUCUUGUUCAUUGAUAAAGCUCCUCAGUAAUGAUUUGUAAGUCUUGACUCUCCCAACAUGUAUCUGUAAACCUGUAAAUCAUUCAGGACAUGCAUGUGAGGAAAAACACACUUAAGUAAUUGGUAAAGUCUUGACCCAUUUAGCUGCGGCGGAAAAACAAAUAAAUAUAGAGACUAGAGUGCUCAGAGUCCCUGUUAAUGGUCUGUUAUAUUGAUGUUUGAUAUAGAGCUCAGCUGUUUCAAUGACCCAAUAUGGUGAAACGCGAGAGUUAUACUGCAAAAAUCAAGGAAGUUACAACAUACUGCUCCAUCUAGAGCAUAUGUUGACUGUGCAGCUUUAUUUAUGAGGUUUUUUUUUUAGUGGAACAGUGUAUUUUUGUGGCUCUCAUUGUCUGUCUCUAAUGUUUUGUCAGGACUUUGAAGCAUGGGUGAAUGACACAGCGGAGCAUGGCUUUGUGGUUGUGUCAUUUGGCGCCGGGGUCAAGUACCUUUCCCAUGACAUCGCUCACAAACUGGCAGGAGCCCUUGCCAGGCUGCCUCAACGUGUUGUCUGGAGGUAGGUUUUCUCUCCCUUCACUCAGACUGUACUCAGCUUUCACAAUGACAGAGUCAUCAGUGAAGUUAUGAUGAAAUGUCAUUUUCAGCUCAUUUCCCAUCUAAAUUAAAGACAACACGUCAUUCCACUCAAGAGACUAUAGUCCAUGUUUCCACCUCUGACUUAUUCUGGGGUUUUAACUGAAAUCAUCACCAACAGCUGAUUCUAACCUCUGACAGUAGUAGUUCACAUCAGUGGAAACUUAAAAGGGAUACUCCGGCGUAAAAUUAAUUUAGGGUCAAACACACCGAGUUAGACACCCUCUUGAGAGAUGAGUGUUGCCGACCGCUUGCUUCUCUAGUUAUACCAACUUUAGAAACAAAUGCAUGAUAGCAAUACACAGUGGUCUGAGGAGCCAUGAACAAACCUCAACCAAAGCGCCACUCUAUAGCCACAAAUAAUGCUCAGAACAGCACCUAACUUCAUCAACAGUACAUAUAGGGUCCCAGCCAUAGUACUAAUCAUGAAACAUCUUUUUAACUUUGACUAAUUUCUUUAGCAAAGAGACUAAACACAACUCACCCACUCUCUUUCAGCAGCUGCUUGUUUUUAGCCCGACCUUAGGCCAGUUCAUUACAGACUACAUCGGGGUGACGCAGCUCAAAGAACAUUUAUGAUCAUUUCUUUAUCAUUUCCUUGAAGUAAUAAUCAGCAUAUUAAUCAUUUUGCACUGCAGACGCGAUAGUUAAUCUGUCUUAGCGUCUCAGUCUGAUUGCAUUUCCACGAAGAAAUGAUCAUAAAUGUUCUUCCUUGAGCUGCGUCACCCCGCCUCAGUCAAUGAUGGACUGGCCUCAGGUCUCGCUAAUUUUAUUAAUUUUUAUUUUUUAAUAAUUAAUUUUACGCUGGAAUAUCCCUUUAAGAUAGAAACAACUAUUGAUGAAUUUACAUUUAAAUAACCUUGCUUUUUUUCCUAUGAGGAGCUUUUGAUGCUGUUUGAAUAGAUACCAUUUUUGUGGCAUAAGGCCGCUGCUAUACUCACAGAGAGAGCCAGAUAAGCUAUGAGCAAUAAAAUACAACACAUCUUCUGUGCUAGUGUCCAUGUUUCCAUGUAAAUCUCAAAGAAGAUGACAUCAUUUAGUGCAGCCAUAACAGGCUUAUGAUAGAGGAACUGGAAGAGUUCCUGCAUGUUACAGUAUGAAUAAAACUCGCUUCAUAAAUUCUUGAUGAGUAAUCUAAAAUGUUUGUCAUAGCCCUGUUGUAGAAAGGAGUAUGCUCGAAAGCUAAACUCUUGGGAUUAUUUACACGGCAUCGAUUCAUUGUUCUUGACCUUAGCAGCGAAAUGUGAAUUCAAAGAGGAGGAAAGUGGCGCUGAUAGAGGAGAAAAAACCAACAAAGAGUUUUAAGAGUGCUUUGAAACUCCAACCUGGACCUGUUAAUACUUAACUCUUGUCUCUAUAUGUUUAGGAGUUUGUGAUUUACCGACCUCAUUCUCCCUUACAAAUUUUGUUAAAAUUCUUUACUGUAAUCAUCAUCCUACAAUAGAAUUUCUGGAUAUGACAAUCUUUUAUGGUAUGUCCAAACAGUGCAUUAUUUAAACUCACUGCUGGAACAAAGCGCGGCUCUUUGUGUGCACACAUACUCUGCUCGCUCACCUGACUUCGGCUGUAUACAUUGAGGUAAUGUUAGUUUAGGGGUGGGUCUGUGCAAAGGUUGUUAGCUGGUUCACCGGAGGAGGGGGGUUUACUGAUACGAACACACUACACAGUUGACCUUACCAUGAUGUCAUGCCUGACAGAAGGACCAGGUAACCUUUCAUUAGGGAUUUCUGAGACACAUAAUUACACUUUUGAAGCGAUGAGCCGUUUAUAUCUUUCUGCUAGAUCAUGAAUUCACUUCUGCUGAACUCAUUUUUUGGUGUUUUGUGGAUGUUUCUGUUUGCUUUAUUGUGCUACAAAGACAAUUUAUGUUGAGACGGCUAUAUUGGGAGCACUGCUAUCAAAAGUCAACCAUUAAAAGUCCAUGAAAACACAUUCAAGGUGGGAUUUUUUCACCAGAAUGAGAUAGAUUACUUAUUUGUUGUUGGCACGUAACUUUUGUUUUAUUCUGAUCAUAGUUAGCUUGAUGAAUUUUUAACCUACAUAGUUGUUCCAUUAAAUUUGCAAAUGUGGCCUUUAGGGUAGCUGAUUAAAAUCUGAGUUUAAACGCUUUUUUUUUUUAAAGGUUAAUUGUUUUUCCUGUUUUUAUUAUGUAUUGCUUGGUUUUCUUAUGCUUUCAAUAGUUAUUAUCUAUUUUAUUGCCUUUAUUCUCAUUUUUUUAAUUUACUUAGUUUUGUCUUAUUUUGUGUUAAAGUUCUUGACUCUUUGUCGGUCUUUUAUCACUUCAGUUGAUUCCACCCUGCCUCUUUCACCCCUCUUGUAGUGCGUCAUUACAUUUCAUUGCUUUUACUUCUUUUUUCAACUUUAUCGACUCCUAACCUCACAAACGACAGAGACAACUCUGUUAUACACAGGAAUGAAGAUAAGUUACAAAGCAACAGCCACCUGUUAAUAGUAAAACCCUUCUGACCUGUGGAUCACACGGCAGAGGGAUCUUAACAUCUAAACGGUUUAGUUAUGACGAGGAUUUACUCAAUUUUGAAGGAAAGCUGUCAAAUAACUAGAAAAUCAACCCACCGUCAAAGGCUAUACUUUGGUCAAACAUGAACCAUUUUACUGAGCUGAAGAAAAAUUCACAUAGUUAAAUGUUUCUAUGGUGUUUUCUAAAGUAAUUGAUCAACAGUUCAAUCUUUUUGCCUUUGUAACACUGGGGUAAUUUAGAUAUGUGACUUCUUAUCUUUUGAUGGUCAGAAACAAAGCUGAAGAAAUGAUUCACAUGUUGCAUACCAUUCUCGGCAGCCCUCUGUGUGGUAUGCUCAGAGCAAAGGGUGCACUAUGAAGCAUAUUAGCUUUCUGCUGUUAUCAAGGUAACUUUAGGGUCACCUCUGGAAUUCCAGUCCGGUGAAGGUGGUUCACUUCUUAGCCGGGUGGAUUACCAUGAUAAUUUAUGCUUCACUCUUAACCUGCUCCAUUGCAGAUUUGGGGUAAUUAGAUAUAAAACUGUGUGUGCUUUUGGCUUGAAAUAAUUUUUUCAUUUUCAUUGAGACCAUCUCCAUAUUUCUCUCCUCACUCUCAUAUCCUCAGGAUUGCUGCUGGCUUUUCUUCUCUUAUCUAGCAUGUCCUUCUACAUUUUGUUGAUGCAGCUGUGUGAUUUAACUCUGGAUUAUGUGUUAAGAAUCAGUUAUUAAUAAUAGUUUGCUCUAUCCCACUGAGCAUUUUUUGGUUUAAAAGAGGUGAACUGGACAUCUAAUGUAGCCUAGACGACUGGUCUAAAAUCAGGCUACCACAGGUCUAAACAUGAAAGUUUUUUAGACGUGUAAAUUUAGACCAAGUUUAGUAUAGCUGGCUAACAGAGGUCUACACUGUAUAUUGCUCAACGGCUUUCAUAAUUACUUUGGUUAAGUACUUGGAGAUCAGUUAUGCAACUCGCAGUUGCUUUUUGAAAUAAAUAGUUAGUUCAAAUAAUGGGUUAAAGUGCAACGUCUAAAUUCCAUCUAAAAAUAUACAGAAUCUAGACGAUUGAAAUUAAGUAUUAAAAAAAAAAACUAGACAUCUAACAGCCGUCUAUUGCUCAGUGGGAUGUUUGCAAAACAUGAUCUGCAGAUGGCAGACUCGGUCAUGCCAUAUUGGUUGGAUUUUGAUUAUAUUGACCUCAUUAUGAAGACGCUCUCAGUAUCUCUGCUUGAUCUUAUCAGGUUGAUAACCAGCUUUGUGGGACCCAUCUAGUGUAAAGUAGGUUAAGGUAUCAGAUAAGAAAAAGAUAACAUACCUAAUAUAUGUUGAACUCGCUUUGUAAUGUAGGUCCCGGGUGGAACAAGAAGACACACCAUUGUAUUUACUUUGGGGAUGUAGAAACUAGGCAAGGAGCUGGGCAAAGUCUGGCAUGAUGUAGGAUGACCAAUGGUGGUUGCACUUGUUGUCAAAGAGCUUGUGGACAAAAGGUGGUAACAGGAUAAUUCACGCUUUUAAUUUUGUAAGUAAGACAAAUUAAAAAAAAAACCACCCCUUUUGUCAACUUAUUAUUAGAAUUAUUUAGACAAUAUAAAUCUAUUCAAGUAUCUCACCAGGUGAUUAAGAGCUUCCCAUGCAAGCUCCAAAGCUUUGUAUGAACAUUCAACCAUGUCGUGGCUGUAAGUGACUCUUCCAAACCGAGAGCGCGGAGAAGGAAGAGGGCCGAUGUUAGGGACAGGGACCAAGUCAAGUGAAUCGUGUCAUUGAUAAUUGGCCACAUGAAUGUAGGCUUUGAUUGGCAGGACAGUGAAUUGGUGCUUUGUUACAGAGAGAAAGAGAGAUGAAAGAGUUUGGGGGGAAGGACACAGAGAUAGAUGGAUGGGGGUUGUAAUGCUGCAUGCAUAUGCGUUGUGUCUUACAUUCGAUGGGAAAUGCUUCCGCUUACCAGCCAUAAACUCCAGUGGACAUUAACAUAGUAUUGUACACGUGCAGCCAUGCCUAUAGGACGAAGUCUGAAACUUGUGAUUUAACAAGCACAAAGAGAUCUAUACUGAGUUCUCCUUAUUUGACACUGUGCAUCAUGUAAAUGAAAUUGAUUCACUUGGCCUCUUGAAUGUAUAGUGUCUUUUGUUCACACUACAGCAUACUCUGUCCUCAUGAAGCAUGAAUGGGGCCUAACCCAGAGCAUGUGUAACAGUGUUAUUUUAAGGAAAUAAUAGAGGAAAUUACUGGAAAAAUGAAAAAGAAGAAACUUGAUCGGACAACAUAGAUCUAACGAUAAAAACUCUAAAAAGAAGGGAAACCCCUAAGGAGGAGAUGCUAACCCUUUUUAUGUUGGAAGUCUGAGAUAAUGCCCUACCACCAUUCUACUAUUGUAUUUUAACAGUGAAUCUGAACAAGUGUGAUACUGGUGUCCCAGAAUAUUAUAUUACAUCAUUGUGGAAGCAGGUGAGGCUUGACUAUUAAACACAAAGCAAGAGCCUCAAAUAAACUCUCAGUCAUGCAUAAACAAACAGUGCCCUGCUAAUCUGCUGCUUGCCGUAGCUUUGUAUUAACUUUUUUGUUCACAUAACUGUGAUGACUCACUUACACUAUCACUUCAUAACCCUUAAGUCCUUUUUGAAGAUGAAACUAUGAAGCCAAGCUUAAAGUAAUUCGAGAACAGUAUUAGCCAAAUAACCCAGAUUAGUCAAUGAAUAGUAUCCAAAAAUCUGCUUUCUUUCUUUCUUUCUUUCUUUCUUUCUUUCUUUGUUUGACCGACUUGCAAGUAGUAGCCUGCCCUGCGGUUUUCUCAGCCUUGUCUGCUCUCAUCCCUUGUGUUGUAUGCUUAAACAUUGCUUUUGUACAAGUUAUUGUAAGCACAGUUUGUGAUUGGUUGUAUUAAGUCUACAGAGUUUCUCUAUAUAUUUGAAUAACAGCAUGAAAAUGAGUCGAUAUUAUAGUCAGAAUUUCACUUUUUUUUUUUUAACAAAUCAGUGUUAAAAAAGCUUAAACAUAUGAGUAUUUCCCAUCAUUAACACAGGUGUUUAAGACUUAAAUAUAAAUGUGUUUAGUACAGACACAAAGUUUGUUGUCUGACAAAUGACUGGUUGUAACAAUGACAGUUAAACUUUAACUUGUAUGGAAAUAUACCCCAAGGGCAGUGAAAACAAAAUGUUCAGCUGAAACCAAACAAAAGCUGACGGGAAAGUAAACCAUUCAAAAUGACUUUCAGUACAGCUCAUUCUGUUGUUAAUCUGCACAAUACAUAUUAAAUGAAGAAGUACAUCCAUUUCUAAACCAAGCGGUACUUGUACUCUGUCCCCUCAAGGUCACUGAUGUUGAAAUGUAUUCAAAACGAGUGUUUAGAGUAUCAUACAAGCCACUCUGAGUAAAUAAAAGCAAGAGAAAUGUGACUUUUUACCUGCUGUUUACAAACCACAGUGUUACAGCUCUUUUCUUUAUCGUUUUUCUUCUUUACUUCCUAGAUUCUCUGGAGUUCCCCCCAGUAACCUUGGCAACAACACCAAGCUUGUUGAUUGGAUGCCUCAAAAUGAUUUAUUAGGUGAGCAUAUCACGGGAACUGCAUAAUGUUUUCUUUGCCUUGUGGUUCGAUUUCAAGGAAGUAAAACUUGCAUUAUGUAGUUUGUUUCUUUGAGUCAUUUAAACUGGACCAUGUUUUAAAAUAGUUUUGCUUCCCUUCAAAUACACCAGUGUUUUUUUUUUCUGUGGUUAGGUUCCUCCUUUACUUACUUAUUAAACUCUGGGGUGUGGAAUGUGAAUGUGUUUACAAAUUUGCAGACGUUAGAAAUGAGGAAUGUACGACUGCCUUUGUGUAUAGACAGCUAGCAUUGUCUACUGCAAUGGUGUAAUAGUGGCUUUGUCAGACAAGUCUGCAAACACUGCCUGUCUGGAAUUUUGAAGGAAUGGUUCACAGUUGACCCCGUCCAUUCUUGGUUGAGUCUUACUCUAACAUAGUAUUUUUUAAGGUUGUGUAGUCCCCAAGUAGCUUAAAAGAAGACAAACAUUUAAUUUAAGCGCACAGUUUUAUCACAACAUAGUAAUCCUCAGAGUGUUGGCAUUGGUUUAUGACUUUCAAUGUUCUGUUUGUACUAAGAGAAAAAAACUCAAACUACAACUUUAAUCUUUAUUCUCAUUUUUGAAUCGAAAUUUUGUCAUUUAGGGUUUUUUUUUAUUUUAUUUGAGGACGUUUCUUAAAACUCUGGCGCAAAUCACCUGAAAUAUAGAAAAUCAACCCAAAAAACUUAAAGGGAUAUUCUGUGGUAAAAUUGAUUUAGGGUCAAACACACCGUAACGCCGAGUUAGACAUCCCCUCGAGAGAUGAAUGUUGUCGACUGCUUGCUUCUCUAGCUAUAACAACUUUAGUAACGACCACAGGAUAGCAAUACACAGCAGUCUGAGGAGCCGCAAACAAACCUCAACCAAAACGCCACUCUACAGCCACAAAUAAUGCUCAGAACAGCACCUAACUUCAUCAACAGGACAUAUAGGGUCCCAGCCAUAGUACUAACCACCAAACAUCUUUUUAACUUUGCCUGAUUUCUUUAGCAAAGAGACUAAACACAACUCACCUACUCUCUUCCAGCAGCCGCUUGUUUGUAGCGAGACCUUGGCCCAGUCCAUGAAGGACUGCAGUGGGGUGACGCAGCUCAAGAAAGAACAUUUAUGAUCAUUUCUUUAUCAUGUCCUUGAAGUAAUAAUCACCAUAUUAAUCAUUUUGCACUGCAGACACGGUUGUUAAUCUGUCUUAGCGUCUCAGUCUGAUUGCAUUUCCUGGAAGAAAUGAUCAUAAAUGUUCUUCUUUGACCUGCGUCCACCCACCGCAGUCUGUAAUGGGCUGGGCUGAGGUCUCGCUACAAAUAAGUAGCUGCUUGAAGAGAGUAGGUGAGUUGUAUUUAGCCUCUUUGCGAAAGAAAUUAGGGAAAGGUAAAAAGAUGUUUGGUGGCUAGUAAUGUGGCUGGGACCCUAUAUGUACUGUUGAUGAAGUUAGGUGCUGUUCUGAGCAUUAUUUGUGUCUAUAGAGUGGCGUUUUGGUUGAGGUUUGUUUAUGGCUCCUUAGACCACUGUGUAUUGCUAUUGUGCGGUCGUUACUAAAGUUGGUAUAACUAGAGAAGCAAGCGGUCGGCAACAUUCAUCUCUUGAGGGGGUGUCUAACUUGGUGUUGCGGGGUGUUUGACCCUUAAUUAAUUUUACGCCAGAAUAUCCCUUUAAUAGUGAAAAAAACAAAAAACAACUAAUAAACAGAACUCCUAAUUUCCAAAUCUACAUCUCUCAUCCCUUCUCUUAUCCAGGCCACGCCAACAUAAGAGCCUUCCUGAGCCACGGUGGCCUGAACAGCAUCUACGAGGCCAUGUAUCACGGGGUGCCUGUGGUCGGCGUGCCUCUUUUUGGUGACCACUAUGACACUAUGACUCGUGUAGCAGCUAAAGGAAUGGGCAUCAUGCUACAUUGGAAGUACAUGAGUGAGGAGGACCUGUACACAGCGCUGACCAGCGUCAUCAAAGAUAACAAGUAAGAUUAUGAAGAUUAUUUGCUCAGUUUCUCACUCACAAAUGCUCGGUUAUAUUGAUGUGGUUAUCAGUGCCAUCUGCUGACCACGUAAGGAAUCAUGACUCUGAUGGAAGGGAAGCUAUUCAUUUUAUUACCGGUUUUAUUUCUCUUGCAAAAGUAAUGUCUACUACACUGUACUGUUUGAACUGUACCAGCGGUAUUUAUAAACUCUGAAAUCACUCCACAAAUCAUUUCCACAGGUGGUGAGUGAGACACCACUAAUCUUAACGGCACCUGACUGAGAUUUUCUGACUAUUAAAGUCUGUGAUGCUUUCUUUCCCCUUCACUAUUUUUUUGUAAAUAAAAAUCCAUGCCCCACAUUUUCGUUCAGUUUUAAUUGCAUUUAUCUUUUUUCCUUUAUCUUAAUCUUAAGUGUUUGCCUCUCUUGUUGUCUCCUUGCCAUUUUUCCAGAUUUAAACAGAUGACAAAAAGUUAAUCUGUCAUCAGAUUGGCAUGACUUGUGUUUGUCUCGCAGUUUCAGAGAUUAGAUUUAACCUUGCUUAAGACUUAACCCACUGAGCUUUUUCGGUCUAAAAGAGGUCUAAUAGACGUCUAAAUGUAGCCUAGACCGCUGGUCUAACAUCAGACUACCACAGGUCUAAAAAUGAACGUUUUUUAGACGUCUAAAUUUAGACCAAGUUUGGAUCAAGUCUAAAUCUGGGCUAUAACUGUACUACACUGUAUAUUGCUCAACGGCUAUCAUAAUAAUUUUGUUUAAGCACUUAGAGAUGAGUUAUGCAACUCACAGUUGCUUUUUGAAAUAAAUAGUUAUCGAAUUAUGGGUUAAAGUGCAACGUCUAAAUUCUGUGUAAAAAUAUACAGAAUUUAGACGGUUGAGUUUAGGACUAAAAAAGAAACCUAGAUGUCUAAUAGCCGUCUGUUGCUCAAUAGGAAGAAUUACAUGAUCAGCCAUUCAGAUCUGAGUAUUUAACACAGUCUAUCUCCUGUCUUUCACACAUGGUAGCAGCCUCGUGAAUUUACAUUGCCGUGUCCUCUCUAUAUCCUCGUUUCACACCUGUAUCUCCAUCUCUCUAGGUAUCGCCAGCAAGCUCAUAUCCUCUCCAACAUCCACAAAGACCAGCCAGGUCAUCCUGUGACCAGAGCCGUCUACUGGAUUAGCUACAUUCUCCGACACCAUGGUGCCAACCACCUGCGCUCUGCGGUAUAUGAGAUUUCCCCCUACCAGUACUUCCUGGUGGAUGUGGUACUCACUGUAGGGGCCACCUUGGCUCUGAUUGUCUUUGCACUGAAAUGGUUGGGACGACUAUUGAGGGGAAACACUGAGGACCAGGGCAGAGUAGGCAGUGUUGACAGGGAUGACAGCAACAUUGCUAAUGGAAAUUGCCAUAGCGAAAGCAUGCCCAAUGGGAAACACAAACGCAAUGGCUCCUUGAAAAACGAAAAGAAGAUAAAUUGAUGUUUGAAACAGCCAGGAAGGACGAAGAAGAAGCCGUCCCAAGGACUCAGCUCUGGGAUUGGUUUAGUGGUUUUUGUAAAAGCUUUGAAGAAAAGCUGUUCAGAGGUCUGCGUCAAAAGGCUGAAGGAUGACAGAGCCAGGCAAUGGGUGCUCAAAAUCUGUGUGUGUGUGUGUGUGUGUGUGUGUGUGAGAUGUAUGUGUAUGUGUGCUCUGAGGCGAAUUUAACAAAAAAAAAAAAAACUCCUCUAACAACAGCAGCUACAGAGAUACAACACCAAACUGGAAAGUCAUUAGGGAUGAAACAGAGGAAAGACACCGUGGAGGACACUGUCUCUUCAUGUGUGUGUCCUCGUCAAUGCUCUCUGUCUUCCUCACCCGUGGAAGGAUAAAGAGGAGGAGAAACCCUGAGCGCCAACCCCUCACACUCUGAACAAAACAAGAAAACAGAAAAAUAACUUUUGAAUUAUUUGGGAUUUUGAUGUUAUAAUAAGGUCUGGUAAAGUGUAAAUAGAGGACAAAUCUAUUUAUUAUGACUGUACAAAUGCAUUUUAAUGAUGGACCUUUUUAACCUUAAUCUCUUUUUUAAUUUAUUUCAUGGUUAUGUGGUAUGACAGCAUGAUGGUAGACAUACACUCCUUUCCCUUUAAGCUAUCAUCUUGUGACAGUCAUCGUAAGCCUACAACUGCUUUCUACUCUCGCAUUAUCCACAGUAUUCAUGGUGGCUCUACAUUCAAAUUAAGAAAAGCAUUUUUAUUUCACUUUUCGCACAGGAGCGUCAUUAUUUGAGUGCGAAAUGUCAAACUGUCUCUCCUGACUGUCAGUUAAAAGCCCCAUAGAAACCUUUUUGGCGCACCAGCACGUAAAACCAUGAAUGUGUUAUUAUCAAAACACAUAAUUAUGAUAACUACCAAGAACGCUGUGGAUAAACUUAGCCGGAACAGAAGUGUGCUCAGGCUCUUCCAGUCAGGUGAUCGGGGAUGAGUCAGAGCAUUAUUGAUUCAUGAUAAGUCGCUCAGCUAGACCCGCAUCUUAAUUCUACAUCCCUCUUCUAUUUAUUUAUUCAUCAGGAAGGAUUCAUCACUUGAUUGCCAUUUUUAGUUCUACACUUGACUUCAUAUGUCUCAUAUGUCCCUCCUGUGAUUAAAUCCAUUCUUAACAUACUGUUAGUCUGUUUGAUUUAGAUAUUGAGGUUCAUGUACAAACUGGGCAGACUCUGUUUAAUCAAAUUAACUGUGCAGGAAUGAUUUACACUAUGUACACGGGCUUUUUUUUUAAUGCAAACAUUUGUGUAUGAAGAAUGCCUGAUUAUGUGUGUGUUAUUGUUCACUGUACAGCUUCAGACUGUGUUUGUGGAUGAUACAGUGCAGGUGAGGUUUGCUUUUGCCCGCUGUGGGCUGUGUGUAAACAACCACUGGCUUUUGUGCUAUUCUGUGAAGUCAUCAUUGAACUGAGUGUGUGCCCGUGCAAACGUCCAAGAGCCUGAAAUUUGAAGAUCCCUUUAUGUAGCUUUUUUUUUUCUUUUUCCUUUUUAACAUUUUACGAGUCAAUUCACUCCAUUUUAAGAGUAAAACUGAAAAGAGAGACUUGGUUUCAAUAAUGAAAGUAGACUACACUACUUCAACAAAUAUUAAUAUGUCAAAGCGGCACUGAAGUACAGAGUGAACUGAGAGUUUCUUGAGUUUCUGUUGAGAUUUGGUGUAUUACUUACAGACAUUUGAGCAGGACGAGUGCUCGCGGAUGUGGGACAUCAAACCUUAUGAGCAAGACAUUUGUAGUCGGGCAAUUUAUUGAACCAACAGGCCCCACAGAUACUGUGUUUUCACUCUUUUUAUUUCAGCAGAACAGUCUACAUUUUAAAAAGGUGAAAAUUGCAACUCCAGAGGAAAUUCUCUUAUGUAAAGAAACACCGUGACUUAACCCUUUUUCAGUUGUCGAGGACCUAACAUCCAACCAGCACGCUCACAGUAUGUUCACACAUCCUGUCUGAUAUUUAAGAAAAGCUUCCUGAUCUCCUUUACUCUAUGAGCUACCAUUACACCUGCACAGGUUGACCCAGCCCUGCUGAAAACACACAGUUAUACUUGAAUCAUCAUCAUUAUCACUUGUAACAACUUCAGCUGUUGUUGGGAGCGGCGGGCGCGCCUGUAGGUGUCGAACAAGCUAUGAACAGAGUCUAGGAUAGAAAAUAUUUUUGAGGUUGUUACUCUUUGAUUUAUUAUUUCAGUAUUAAUGAGGUUUUCCACACAGUUAAAUGUCCAUCCUGUACUGGUAUGUUUCCAUACUUACUCUAAAGUCUGAUUCUUCUCUGUCUGUGUGACUGUUAUUAAUCAUCUUGUUUUGUCCUGUUGUCAAAAGUGCACUUGCUGGUUCCAAUGUCCACCUCUCUCUGUCGCUCCUGACGUCUUAACGCUCUCUGCCGUCUUUAUCUUCUUUGUCUUGUUCCGUCAUUCCCGCCCUCUACAAAUUUGAUGUCUUAAUUUAACCUGCUUCUUUGAAAAAUAUUUCAUUUUACUUUGAUUAUAAAAUGACAAAGUCCUCAAUUUCCCUGUUAUGUGUAUCCAUGUUGUAAAUAGACCAAUGUAAACAAAAUACUAAUGCUGAAUAAAAAUGACAUAUUUUGUUUGCAGAUAA